AUGUUGUGGGAAAAAGUACUCCGUACUGCUGUCUCAGCGUGGAACGGUGGGUUUGCCUGUGAUCGUUUGCCGGAUGGCUCGGCCCAAACGUCAUCAUAUUUUUGGCCUGCUGGCGUGGGUCGUGUUCGAGAGGAAGCGGUAAAAUCGGAAUAUCGAGAGCAAGAUCGCCAGCAUGAUACCUUGGCUGGGCUGCUGUUGGUUGGGAAAGUACGACCAUGGGCCCAGAAAGGCCCAUGGGCCUGCCCUCUCGUCUCCGUCUCUUGCUCCCAGCACGAACUCUCCAAGGACAAAUUAAAGAAUUUAAGAAUACUAAGCAUGUCCACGGACCACAGCCAAGUCUCUUAG